CCUCCGGGGCCCUCCGGGACCGGGCGAUGGGCGGCCGCGGCGUCCCCCAGUGCGCGGCACGACCCGCGGUGGCCGAGGGGGGCCGGGCCCGGGAGCCGCUCUCGCUGCUGGAGGCGUCCCCGCGCAAGAGGCCUCUGGCCGGACCCUCGCCGGACCCCCGCGGCAGCCGCCCCGCGCCCGAGGGUGCGGGGGAGCGCGCCAGGGAGGACCACGCGGUGGGCGGCGGGGCCUGGUGCCGCCACUGCCACACGACGCUCAGCGAGCUCCGGCGCCAGGCGUGGAGGCUGGUGGGCGCGCCCGGGACGCAGCUCCGGAGUCCCUGUGUGUCAUCGCCCCUGGACCAGUCACCUGCCUGCCACCUGGACUCUGAGCGCCAGUGCCCAGCAUGCACAUCACCCCUUGCCCAACUGCAGGACCCCAGCACCCCAGACGCCCGUCCCGAGUGGAGAAGAGGCCUGGCCUGGCCCCCCAGGCCCAGUGUGCAGGUGUCUGUAGUGCCUGCAGGUCUGGGGGGAGCCCUGAGCACGGUCACCUUUCAGGCUCCUGAGUGCCUGCAGGGCCUGUGUGGCAUGGCCGGAACGGACAGCUUCCUUCCCGCAGCCUGCCUGGCUGAGGCGGCAGUGGCUGCAGUGGCAGUGGCAGACACGGUCCGAGGUGGCCCUUCCUCAGUGCGCCCCGACAGAACAUCCAAGAUGUGGGGUCGUGGGGGCCCCUGCAGCACAGGCUCCUCAGCCAGCACCUCCUUCUUCAUCAGGGCUGCCCAGAAGCUCAGCCUAGGCUCCAGGUACAAGAAGCCAGCCCCACCACCCGCUGCCCCACGGGCUGCCUCCAUGUAUCCCACGGACUUCAGUGGGGUCCUACAACUCUGGCCGCCCCCUGUGCCUCCCUGCCUGCUCAGGGCAGCCUCCAAGGCCAAGGAGAAUCCAGGCGUGGCUGGGAAGGUGAAGGUCCUGCUGCGGAUCUGGCCGGUGCAAGCGGCCGAGGCCACGCCCUUCCUGCAGGUGGACCCCAGAAGAAAGCAGGUGACCCUGUACGACCCGGCUGCAGGGCCACCCGGCCCCCGACGAGCAUCUGUAGCUGCAGCCCCCAAGAUGUUCGCCUUCGAUGCUGUGUUUCCCCAGGACUCAGAGCAGGCUGAGGUGUGCUCGGGGGCGGUGGCCGACGUGCUGCAGUGCGUGGUUGGUGGCGCUGACGGCUGCAUCUUCUCCUUCGGCCCCAGGAGCCUGGGCACGGCACAUACUAUGAUCGGGAAGGACAGCUCUCCGCAGAGCCUGGGUGUGGUGCCCUGUGCCAUCUCCUGGCUCUUUCGGAUGCUUGAGGCGCGCAGGGAGCGCACGGGCACCCGCUUCUCCAUCCGCGUCUCUGCUGCUGACAUUUGUGGACGCGACGCCAGCCUGCGGGACCUGUUGGCCUCAGUGGCCGCAGGCAGUCUGCAGGAUGCUCAGUCGCCGGGCGUGUGCCCUCGGGAGAACCUGGCGUGUGGAGCACAGCUGCCGCACCAGAGCGAGCUGCGGGCACCCACGGCUGAGAAGGCAGCUGCCUACUUGGAUGCGGCCCUGGCAGCGCGCGGGGCUGGCCGAGAGGACGCGGUGCCUGGUGCACACCUGCUGUUCACGCUGCAUGUGUCCCAGUACAGCAUGGAGAAAUGCGGCAAGGUGUUUGGGGGCCGCAGCCGCCUACACCUUAUCGACCUGGGCAGCCUUGAAGGGGUUCCCGAUGGUCCUGGGGGCCCCCUGUGUCUGUCACUGUCGGCCCUGGGCAGCGUAAUCUUAGCUCUGGUCAGUGGAGCCAAGCACGUGCCCUACAGGGAGCACCGGCUCACCAUGCUGCUGCGGGAGUCCCUGGCCACGCACAGUGGCCGCACUACCAUGAUCGCCCACGUGUCGGACUCCCCCGCCUGCCACGCAGAGACUCUGGGCACCGUACAGCUAGCUGCACGCAUCCACCGCCUACGCAGGAAGAAAGUCAAGUGCGCGUCCAGCUCCUCCGGAGGGGAGAGUUCUUGCGAGGAAGGCCGAGCCCGCCGCCUGCCUCCCCUCCGGCAGCUGCAGCCCCGAGCACCGGCCCUGGAGCCCCGCAGACCAGCGCCUGGCGGCCCCGACUACUCAUCUAGCAGCGAACAGUCCUGUGACACGGUCAUCUACGUGGGGCCUGGGGGCACCGUGCUGUCAGACCGGGAGCUCACCGAUAACGAGGGUCCACCCGACUUUGUGCCCAUCGUGCCUGCGCUGAGCCACCGCCGGCCCUCGCAGGGUGCCCGGGACGCCGACCACUUCCGCUGUGGCACCUUCGCCGAGCUGCAGGAGCGGCUGCAGGGCAUGCAGGGGGGUGCGGACACCACGGGGAGCCUUGGGGCUCUGCAGGCCUCACCACCUGCCACCAAAUGUGCCCCUCUGCCUGCCUGCACACCUCAGGUUGGUGCCAACCCAGAUACCCACAGCGGGACUGAGAAACAUAAUGAUGGAAUUGCUAGACUCAAGCCCCCCGCUCUGGACCAGGACAUGAGGGCUCCAGAAAAGCAGCCGCUACCAGACCCAGCCCCGCCACCUCCCCAGGAGCCCAGAGGCAGGGGUGCAGGCAAUGGGGGGCGGACACUGCCCGUGGGCAGCAGCGAGCAGUCCAACUGCCCCUGCUCGGCCGUUCUUGGUCAUCCCACAGAGCAGAGCAUGCUCACGGCCACGGUGAAGCUGCAGCAGCCUGUGGAGCUGAACGGGGAGGACGAGCUGGUGUUCACAGUGGUGGAGGAGCUGCCUCUGAGCGGCCUAGCCAGCCCUGGGUGCCGCAGCAGCAGUCUGGCCAGCUUUGGCAGCAACUGCUCACUGCAGGCCCUGGCCUCAGGCUCCCGGCCUGUCAGCAUCAUUAGCAGCAUCAACGACGAAUUUGACGCCUACGAAUCGCCAGCCCCAGACGGGGCAGACGGGGCAGCCUGGUCCGGAUGCAGCCACGCCUCGUCCAUCAGCUCAUGGCUCAGCGAGGUUGGGGCCUGCUCACCCGACAGCCGGGCCCCCCUGAGGCCGCCCUCCCGAGCCAGCCCGGACCCUCUCAGUCCCCACUCGCCCCCAGGGCCCGGGCCCCCACACAGUCCUCAUCCCAGAGAGGAUGCUCACAGUGGCCGGGAGGCCCGGAGCCAGUUGCCUCGGUUGGGGUCUGCACGCUCCCUCCACUCCAGCCUUCCCCGGAAAGCCCAGACUGAUUCAGCCGCCACCCGCAGCCCGCCCAGCCCUCGAGGGCCCUUCGGGGACCCCUGGCUGCUCCGGUCCGAGCAGAGUGGGUCACUCCCAGCGCCAUCGGCCAACCCAGCCCCAGUGCUGGCCAGUGGCUGGAAGCUGGCGGAAGGCAGUGAGGGGGCUGCCAGGGCUUCCCGUGGCCUCGGGCCUGCCCAUCCUCCUCCCCUGCGGAGAGGGGCCACCACCUUGGGUGUCAGCACACCCUGGGUGCCUGAUGGGAACGCAGAGGCAGCCGCCUACACAGGCAGUCCAAGGGCGGCUGCAGGUGCCAAGACAGCGACCCCCAGGCCUGCUGGCUUGGCCCCGCCAGCCCCGCCUGUGCGCAAGUCCAGCCUGGAGUCCAGGAGCAGCCCUGCCCCGGCUCUACCACGGGCCGAGGAGGAGGUGCGGGGCACUGCCCGAGCUGACCACGGGGUGCCCAGGGCCAUCUGCAGCCUCAAGGGCCGGCCAGGGAAGGCAGAAGCAGCCUACCGAGGCCCCGUGCAGGGGUCUCUGGGGCGGAGCGAGGGGCCAGUGACUGGUGGCAAGGCCCCCCGGGAAGCUACUGGGAGGCCUGGCCGGGCGGUGCCCAGGCUGGGGGUGCGGCCCACCAGCCCCCCGGCUGCAACCCCCUGCAAGGGCAGCCCCGCCAAGGCUGUGGGCAUCAGCAAAGCCCCCACCGCAAGUGCAGGCAAGGGCCGCAGCCUGGGGGCCGGGGGGUCGCGGGCUCUCGCUUCCUCGGUGAAGCUGCCGCCCCCUGCGCCCACCACCAGGACACCCAUAAGCCCCGUGCAGAGCCCGCGGGGGGCGACCCGCUCGGCGCCCGGUGCGGGUGCCAAGGCAGGCCGGGGCACCAUCAUGGGCACCAAGCAGGCCCUGCGCGCUGCCCACAGCCGCGUGCACGAGCUGGCGGCCCGCGGCGGCCCGCACUGGGGCGGCUCGGCCGAUUCGGACAGCGGCAACGACAGCGGCGUGACGGUGGGCGACGAGCGGCCCGGGCCGGCCCUGCCGUCCCCUUACAGCACGGUCACGGCCCCGCGGCGGCCGCAGCGCUGUAGCAGCGGCCACUGCAGCGACGCGAGCAGCGUGCUGAGCGGGGAGCUGCCGCCCGCCAUGGGCCGCACGGCGCUCUUCAACCCGAGCGGCGCCAGCAGCGGCUACGAGAGCGUCGUGCGGGACAGCGAGGCCACCGGCAGCGCCUCCUCCGCCCCGGACUCCGUGAGCGACGGCGCCGCCUCCCCGGGCGCCCGGGUCCGCAGCCUCAAGUCCCCCAAGAAGCGCGCGGUGGGACCUCAGAGGCGCCGGCUGAUGCCCACCCCGCUACCCGAUGCCUCUGUCCUGGGCCGCAAGCCCAGCCUCCCGGGGCAAUGGGUGGACCUUCCGCCGCCCCUGGCUGGCGCGCUGAAGGAGCCCUUCGAGAUCAAGGUGUAUGAGAUUGACGACGUGGAGCGACUGCAGCGGCACCGGCCACCCCCCAGAGACAGCCUGGCUGAGGGCCCAGCGUGUGGGAGCGUGAAACUGCGGAUGGCGGAGCGCAGACAGCAGAGGCUGCAGGAGGUGCUGGCCAAGCAUGCCCUUCUCCGCGGGGAGCUGGCUGAGACACAGGGCCGGCUGAUGGUGGAACCCGGCCGCUGGCUGGGGCAGUUCGAGGUGGGCCCGGAGCUGGAGCUGGAACCGGCGGAGCACCUGGCAGCCCUGGAACGGGCCACGGCAGCCCUGGAGCGGUGUGUGAACCUGUACAAAGCACGUGUCAUGAUGGUCACCUGCUUCGAUAUCAGCGUGACCCGGCCAGCCACAGCCCCGGGGCUGCAGGAGGUGGACGUCUGAGCAGGCACAGCCAGGACUGCGGCACAAGCAGGACUUGGAUGGAUGAUCCGAGUGAGGAUGCCGGAGCCAACAGGACAGAAUGGAGGCUUGGCAGAGCAAGGGGCUGGGUCAGCGACUACAGGAAGCCAGAGAUGAGGACAAUGCAAGUGCCUUCAGGGACCAUGUGGCAGCUGUGCCCUGAGUCCAGCCACAGAACCCAUACCAGGCAGGACUGAACCCAGUGCUCUGGGUCCGCCGAGGGGACCCCAUGUGGGCCUGGUGGAGGUGGGGGUCAGCUCUCCCCUUACAGCAGUUCCCCCGCAGAUUGGGGG